AUGUCGUGGCAAACUUACGUUGAUGAUCAUUUGAUGUGCGAAAUUGAGAGCACUGGACACCAUCUCACCGCCGCUGCUAUCAUUGGCCAUGAUGGUUCUGUUUGGGCUCAGAGCUCUUCCUUCCCUCAGAUUAAGCCUCAAGAGAACACUGAUAUCAUGAAAGACUUUGAUGAGCCUGGCCAUCUUGCUCCUACAGGCUUGCACCUUGCAGGAGUCAAGUACAUGGUGAUCCAGGGAGAGCCGGGAGCUGUCAUCCGCGGCAAGAAGGGCUCUGGAGGGAUCACCAUAAAGAAAACUGGUCAAGCUCUAGUUUUUGGUGUUUAUGAGGAACCUGUGACUCCUGGACAAUGCAACAUGGUUGUUGAGAGGUUGGGAGAUUACCUCAUUGAUCAGGGUCUGUAG